AAGCUAAUAACAGAAUUACCGUGGGGCCCAAGUGAUGAACAGCCAUUACUCGAUUGCACGUGAGGAGCGAUUGUUUUAGGCACGUGAAGAUGCACGCGGACGUAGAAAUAUAGGAUUAUUACACGCCAGGGGAGAUAAAUAAAGGUCCAUGUGCAGAGACCUGAAUCACCUGAUAGAGGAAGGCUUGAAAGGAGAAGCAACGGCGUUUGGGAUGAGUGGCCACACAUGGCGAUCGGACGGUGGAGAUGCCGCAGGCGCAGGUUAAUCCUUCUUCUUCUCCUGCUGCUCUGCUCGCCCGUUCUAAUCCCUCUACUCUGCCUCUCUUCCCCACUGCUCUGCAUCGUAGCCGUCUGUCUCAGGGGUGGGCUGAAGGCCCAUGUGGCUCGGGAUCAACAAGAGGGAGCUGGUGGCGGUGGCAGUGGCGGUGGCGGUGGCGGUGGGAGUGGUGGGAUCGGAUGCUGCGAGGAAGGAUCUGUUGGCCCCUUCGACGGACGGCUGCUAUUGCAACGGUAUCUCGAGGACCAGCUGGACCUUGUGAAAUCGAUCUACGGUUGCGAUGACAGCGAAGAGGACGUUGAUGAUCUUUUCCCUUGAAAUCGAAUACCGACAAGAUCCCGUGAUUUGGGUUUUUCUUCUCUUGUUCUUCUGCAUUUUUUUAUUUUCUCCGGAAAUGGGGUUUUGUAAUUUCACACGCGUGGAGAUCUGUAGACAUCACACACGUGCAAAUAUGAGACAUGUUUGUGAGAUCUGAGCUUUCCAUUAGGUUGGGAAUAAUGAUCAGAUCUUCUGCGUAAAAAAUCAUACAAUUUCACUUAUCAGGUGAACUACCAUGUACAAAGAAAAUUGACGGUUAAAAAGUUUUUAGCAAGCCAUUCAUUUUUUUUGAUAUAGUGUGGCCUACCUGAGGUGUGAAAUGGUCUAAUUUUUAAUAUGCAAGAUCAAAAUGGUGGAGCUCACCUGAUGAAAAGCUCAGAUGUCAGCUCCCUCUCACAUGUGGAAUUAACAAACCUUAUAUGUAUUGAGUGUGAAUUUUCCGUGGGGAUCAGAAAUUGCGGUGUCUGGAUGCAAACGACGUCUUACUGACGGGUCCAUCACUUAUAGGGCCAUGGUUGGUUGAUCUGGAAAUUUCUGACCGUUUGAUCAGUGGGCUACAAAUAUAUGAUCAUGACCGAAUUACAGCAAGGAUCAUGAAGAGAAGUAGGGCCAUCAACGGUCUGAACUAACCAUGGCUUCCUUUU